UGCAGCACCUUUCAGAUGAGAACUCUUAGUUUUAAGUUUAAUGGGAACCAGUAUCCCUGCCCUAUUCCGUGUUCAGGUUUCAGCUCAGUUUAUAUGUUUUGUUUAAAUCACCCGAUUCUGUUUCUCCCAAUACUUCGAGAUUGUAUCCAAAAGACCUUGAAUGAAUGGAGUUCCCAAAUCAGCCCAGAUUUGGUCAAGGAGUUUCCAGAUGUCUUGGAGUGUACUGUAUCUCAUGCAGUAGAGAAGAUAAACCCUGAUGAAAGAGAAGAAAUGAAAGUUUCUGCAAAACUGUUCAUUGUAGGAUCAAAUUCUUCUUCAUCAACUAGAAAUGCAGUUGACAUGGCUUGUUCAGUCCUUGGAGUUGCACAGCUGGAUUCUGUGAUCAUUGCUUCACCUCCUAUUGAAGAUGGAGUUAAUCUUUCCUUGGAGCAUUUACAGCCUUACUGGGAGGAAUUAGAAAACUUAGUCCAAAGCAAGAAAAUUGUUGCUAUAGGUACCUCUGACCUAGAUAAAACACAGUUGGAGCAGCUGUAUCAGUGGGCACAGAUAAAACCAAAUAGUAACCAAGUUAAUCUUGCCUCUUGUUGUGUGAUGCCACCUGAUUUGACUGCAUUUGCUAAACAGUUUGACAUACAGCUGUUGACUCAUAAUGAUCCAAAAGAACUGCUUUCUGAAGCCAGUUUCCAGGAAGCUCUUCAGGAAAGCGUCCCUGACAUUCAAGCACGCGAAUGGGCACCACUGUGGCUGCUGAGGUACUCGGUCAUUGUGAAAAGUAGAGGAAUCAUCAAGUCAAAAGGCUACAUUUUGCAAGCCAAAAGAAGGGGUUCAUAACCUGUUGACUUGUUUUUUCCUGAAUAUAAAAUGAGUCGUGUAAGAAUCUGACCUAUAAAUAGUGUCACUGAGGCACAUAUUCUUCAGUAUGUCUGUCAUGUUUUGUUUACUUCUUUUGCCUCCAUAUCAGUCCACUCACAUAAACCACUUCAUUGUUUUUAUUAAAAAAUUGUUUUCUAAUUGAAAUUGUCUAUAUAAAGAUAAUACUUGCAAUAUAUUUUUCCUUUAUUUUUAUGAGUAACAAAUCAAGAAAAUUUGUUGGUACAUAUAUUUUGGCCUCGGCAUCAGGAUAAUGUAUAUACAUAUUUUUUAUCUCCAAAAUCAUUUGUUAAUUGCUUCUUACUCUCCAGGAUAGCAAAGUGAUUUAAUUUCAGUAAAAACUGAAAUACUGGAAGAUAUUUUUUUCUUUCAUUGGUAAAAUAAUUAUCUCUCAAGAGUAACUAGAGUAGCUGGGGUCUAUAGUGUAAAUAAAAUUUAUUCUUCAAUACAUGGAUAGAAACAGCUUUUUAUAUGUUCUUGCUUGUAGUUUAGAUAUGAUUUAACCAUGUAUUCUUGUGCCAUAUUUUCCUCUUCUUAUUUACAGAAACAAACCAAAGUAAAUCUGAAGUCUAGUUUUAAAAUUAUUUGAAGGCUUUAUAAAAACUAUCACUACGAUCUCUAGAUUCUUUUAAAUUCUUAAUCCAUCCUUGCAGUAUUGCUACUCAUUUGAGAAUAUUCAGUAAGUACUGCACACUUACAUGUGCUGGGCAUUGUGGGCUCUAGAGAGAAGGUGAAGCACAGAGCCCCAGUCAGUUAUGUGACACUCGUUUCCAUUAAUAACUGACUAGGAGGGGGCCGGGGAUUUAGCUCAGUGAUGCUGUCACCUGUUUCACAAGCACAAGGUCCCGAGCUCAAUCCCCAGUAACCCCUCAAAAAUAAAAUUAAAUAAAUAAAUAAAUAAAUAAAUAGCUGACUAGGGGGGACCAAAGCCAGAAAAGUGGAAAAAAAAACAAAACUUUACUUCAGGGCCAACAUUGUCUAUUUAGACAACUUUGAUCUAUGAUCUUGACUCUUGUUUUCUUUUGGUGCUGGGGAUUGCACCCAGGCCCUUUGCUAAAAGCACAAGUUCUUACCACUUAGCUACACCCCAGCCUGGUCUUAACUAUCUUUUUUUUUUUUGGUACCGGUGAUUGAACUCGGAUCCUUGCACUUGCAAGGCAGGCCACCGAACUGCUGACUAAAUCCCUGGCCCACUGGUCUUAACUAUCUUAAACCAAAACAAUAUAAUCAAAAGUUUAGAGCUAGAAGAGACUAUAGAUCAUUGAGUAUAAUUCUUCAUUAGUUCAAGAACCAGAAAACUGUAAAUAAACUGUAGCUUUCAAUGCAUACUAUAGGUCUCCUUAAUUCUAUAAAUCUAUAAUCCAAAAAGUUUUUUAAAUUCUUAAAAAAUCUCUUGUAUCUCAAUAUUUUUAAACCAUGGAUCUAUAUAAAUCUUGCUCAAAUUUUGUCAACUUAGUAACUAUGGUUCCAUACCAAAAAUAAAUGCAGUGUAACUUUUUCUUACAUAAGGUUUUAUGGUUUACUGGUUAGAAAUUUUGAUCAUUAGAAUUACAUGAAAUCAAAUGAUUUGCCUGCUAAAACUUACUUAGACUUUGAGCUUCUUAAAGCCUUUUAGCCUUUAUAGUAAUCGUAUGUAACAUUAAAUAUAAGUUAACUUUUUAAUUUAGAAAUGUACAACAUGAUAUCACAUAGUCCUUAAAUGCUUAUUUUAAAUCUAUGCAGUAAAUAGGCUGAGAUAGUCUAAAGGGGAACAUUGAUAUCACAUUUAUCAUUUUUCAAAAUCCAGAACUUAAAAAGUGGAUUGUCUGAAGGGUUAUUAAGAAAAUGGAAAAGCAAUUUAAAUUACUAAUGUAUCUGACCCUCAGCAGAAGCUUUUUUUGGGAUUUCCUUCACUGCUAUUGACAAAGAAGCAAGGUGUGAUAGGUUUUGUGAAGGAGAUUAUGUAUGGAAUUUUUAAAUGAGAUUUUGAUGUUUCAUCCCAUCUGAAUUUCUGUUUAUGAAAAACCUUUAAAACAUUGAGUUUUUUAAGUCUUUAAAAUUUUUCAACCUGUUGUUUAAAACUUUUUUUCCAUGAACUGUCAGAAAUGAGUGAAUAAUGAAUACUUUCCAAAUAUUUAAGUACUUAAUGUUUUAAAAGCCAUAAGUGAGGGGUGGUAAUACUAUCAGUUGCUUAAAACUUAAAGUUAACGUUAUCAAUAGUGUAUAUAACAAAUAUGUUUUCUGGGGAGAUGUAAAUCUAGUAACCCAAGUGAGAAAGUUUAUAUAAUUUUCCCCAGUAAAUACAUAAAGAAGCUAUAGUUUGUUAUUACAUUUCCAGAAUAACUAGAGCCUUACUUUAACACAAUGUACUGUAACUUGAAAUUCGUCCUGAGUCCCACUCAUCAAAAAAACUGUAGUCACCAGAAGGACCACAGUGUCUUAUAUAUUCACAUGAUGUAAAUUCUGUAGACCACAUUGUGUUAGUACAUUACUAGAGUAUUCAUUGAGCAAUGGCCAGUGCUAGAACUUGAAUCAUAAGUAAUUGCUAAUAACUUCUCAGGUCUCAAAAGAGAGAUCAUUUGGACAGCUGUAUAUAAAAUGGAAAAUAAAAAGUUACUGGUUUACAUGAAUGAUUCAGACUUUUCUGUACCAGAGCCAAAUAAUAACGAAAAUUAGAAUCUUAAUUUUUUGUGGUAAAAGGUCCAAGGCUGAUUUAAUUACAUUUCUUUAUAAGAUUUUGUAUCCAGGUUUUCCACCAAGUAUUUUCAACUUUUGAGAAUGUAAGCUACUGAUGUAUUUAUUGUAUUAUAGGCCGACAGUUCAUCUUUCUGCCAGAUACACAUUUAGAGAAAUGUGAAGUUUUUUGAAUGAAAAUUUAAACCAUUUGUGUCAUUGUGUGUUUUCAUACUGGAAUACACAACCUUAUGAUUUUGAACCUAUUUUUCCAUCAUUGACUUGUACCAAUACUUACACUUUCUCUAUAAAGUUGAUGAUGGGAUUCAUCAGUUCAAUUUUUGAAAAAAAUAGUGAUGUAACUUUCAUUAAUAUUUUUAUAGUUUUCAGAAUUAGAGGUAAAAUUAGGGAAAAGUUUUAGGUAACUUCUUUAUGUGUCUGUAGCAGUGUACUAUAAAAUAGAA